UGAUUACGCAGCUGUCGUCAGCAGUUAAAGGGCAUUCCCCAGUUAAACAGUUCCUCAUUUUCGGGACACAAGCGGUGUGAGAGUGUUCUCUUUCUACCAGUCAUUGAAAACAGAAGAGGAAGAAAAGGAAGAAAGAUCACAAGUGCUGCGCUCGCGAGGUCAUUGUAGCCUGACAUGCUCUUGUUUCCACUGCUGCUAUGGAGCAUGUAACUGCUAACGAGGAAUCGUCCUCUACGCUAAUGUACCGCGUGGAACGACCUAUAUUCAAUGAAGGCUAUAUACACUCAGAGCUUUUGCACAAGAAGAAGAGGUCACCUAAGUCCUGUAGACGGAGAAUGGCUGAGCAGUUCCGGUGCUCAUCUGAAAAAGCCAAAUCUGUUGCACUUAGUUUCCUGCCCAUUGUAACAUGGUUGCCAUCAUAUCCACUGAAGGAAUACCUGUUUGGGGACAUUGUUUCAGGCAUCAGCACAGGUGUAAUGCAGCUACCUCAAGGUCUUGCUUAUGCAAUGUUGGCAGCUGUUCCCCCAGUGUUUGGGUUAUAUUCAUCUUUCUAUCCGGUCCUAUUAUACACAUUCUUUGGUACCUCAAGACAUAUAUCAAUAGGCACAUUUGCAGUAAUCAGUCUGAUGAUUGGGGGGGUUGCUGUCAGGGAGGCCCCGGACUCCAUGUUUGCAGUCAAUGGGACCAACGCAUCACAGAUUGUGGAUUUUGAGGCCCGUGAUGCCAGGAGAGUGGAGGUGGUUGUAGCUCUAACAACGCUAGUGGGAACCAUUCAGUUUGUUCUGGGUCUGCUAAGAUUCGGCUUUCUGGCUAUCUACCUGACUGAGCCGCUGGUGCGAGGUUUCACUACAGCUGCCGCUGUGCACGUCUCAGUCUCGCAGCUCAAGUACCUGCUGGGAGUGCACACUGCACGUUUCAAUGGGCCUCUGUCCGUCCUUCAUAGUAUUGAUGCUGUCUUCAGGAACAUUGCGAGCACUAAUGUUGUAACUCUUAUCAUUGGACUGGUGUGUACUGUCUUCUUGUACGCUGUGAAAGACCUCAAUGAGCGCUUCAAAAAGAAACUACCUAUCCCCAUCCCUGGAGAGAUCAUAGUGGUAAUUGUCUCCACUGGGGUCUCGUAUGGGAUGAUGAUGUCCGAAAACUAUGAUGUAGAAGUUGUGGGUAAAAUUCCUACUGGGUUGCUGCCACCCAAGAUUCCAGACUUCUCAGUGUUGCCAAACCUCUUCACAGAUGCCAUAGCUAUAGCUGUUGUUGGCUUCUCAAUUGCAAUCUCACUGGCAAAAACCUUUGCUCUCAAGCAUGGCUACAGUGUGGAUGGAAACCAGGAGCUCAUCGCGCUAGGUCUUUGUAACUUUUUGAGUUCAUUCUUCCACACUUUUGUUGUAACCGCCUCAAUGUCUCGCAGCCUGGUACAGGAGAGCACAGGAGGACAUACUGAAAUUGCAGGACUCUUGGCAUCCAUACUUGUGCUACUGGUGGUGGUGGCCAUUGGGUUUGUCUUUCAGCCAUUACCUACAACUGUGUUGGCUGCUAUCAUCAUGGUCAAUCUCAUGGGAAUGUUUAAGCAAAUGAGAGACAUUCCUGCAUUAUGGAGAACCAGCAAGAUUGAAUUGGCAAUUUGGCUGGUGUCCUUUUUUGCAUCCGUUCUCUUGGGUUUGGAUUAUGGGCUGGUGGUUGCCAUGGGCUUCGCCAUACUGACAGUUAUUUACAGAACACAGUGCCCUAAAAAUGCUCUCCUUGGACAAGUCCCAGAUACAGGACUGUACUGUGACGUAGAUGAAUAUGAAGAGGCUGAGGAAUGCUCAGGGAUUAAGAUUUUUCAGUCCAAUACCUCUGUCUACUUUGCAAACAGUGACCUGUAUGUGAGUGCCCUCAAGGCAAAGACUGGAAUUGACCCCGCACAACUUCUUGCUGCCAGGAAGUCACAGCUACAGUAUGCAAAAAGAGACACCAGAGAGAGAAAGAGUGUGAACCAUGGUUCUUCUCUGAAGAAAAAUGCUGUUGUUUUAUUGGAUAUGGAGUUGGGUGUCACUCAUGAGGUGGUGUCUGGGGAACACAAACAGAUGGAUGUAUAUACUAAUGGACUGAUGACGGAGACCCACACGGAGUCAGACUCUGAGGAUGAUUUUUUCCUGCAGCGUCUAACCCCCAUUCACUCCAUCAUACUGGACUUUACCCCCGUCAACUUUAUUGACUCUGUAGGGGCCAAAACCAUUAAAUCAGUGAUUAAAGAGUUUGCAGCAGUCGAUGUGAAAAUAGUCCUUGCUGGAUGUAGCAGGACCCUUAUCUGUGAUCUCAGGACACUACAGUUCUUCAGUGACCCUGUGACCACUGACCUCAUUUUCCCUACCAUUCAUGAUGCUGUGUUACACUGUCAGCACUGGAAAGACCUCCCCACCUGUUCUGGGAUCCAGUGAACACUAACCAAACAACAGAACUGAUCAUUCAACUCUACUGUAUGUUUAAGUGGGUGGGGCUUGAGUGACAUAAUUUGGUGUUGUGAUGGAACAAGCUCUUGUUGAAGUACUGUUACUCUUAAAGUCACUUUAGCUUUUGCAAGUCAUGGUAACAGACCAGAGGGGGCAGCAAUGAACAGGCCAAAACAUUUUAUCCAUUUGAGAUGGAACAUGCCAGUAAAUGUUGGGCUUAAUGUCAUUGGUGCUGUUGUGUUAUUACACAAGCCAUGAUCAUAAGCUCUAUCAUAACUAGUUACUGAUGUUUGUUGUCAAGUACAGAACGCUCUGUUUCCUUCUUUUAAGUGCAAUUAGCAUAGAUGGACUUUUGACCAAUGUUUUUGCAUUGGUCUAAAGCUUUUAUUGACAUUCCAGUGAGCUUAUUUUUAUGAUAAUUUUAGUUUUACAAUUGUAUGCCAUGUGCAUGGCGUUUGUUACAACAAUUUAGGCACAUUGACAGUUUUUCCUUUUCACAGUAUUUGAUUUGUGGCAAGGCCACAGUUUCUCAGCUGGCUGUAGUAUUCAACAAAUAAGCAGUUUAAUAUGCUACAAAUGAUCAAAAAGCUCAUCACGGAAUUGCACAGUUGUGACGAUGCUGCUUUUAAUUUCAUUUUAUAUUCUAAGGGUAUCUCAUUUAUAUUUAGUUUCUGAGAAGGCUUCCUUAUCUGCCUGAAAUUGAUUUGUUCUUUGUUUUAGCUUUUACUACUACAAGAAUUCUCACUUUAUUAUAAUGGAAAAUCAUGGUUGCUCCAAAUUUUCUUGGAACCUAUUUUUCUUUUUGUGACUACAAAGAACAUUAUUAAGAUGAAAGGGAUAUCAGUUAGUUAUUAAUAUAACAACUGAUCCCAUGAAGUCUUUAUAUUGUAUUCGGGUGUUCUUGUUUUGUUUUUUAGAGCAAUAAAUAAAUUCUCACAAUGUAUUCUCAGGCUGAGACUGUCCAGGUUGUGUUGGAUGCACAGAUACAGCCUAUGAAAUGACCACUUUGAGCACCUUUAAGUUCACAAUAUAUGCUCACACCCAUACAUUUAUGCCAUCUGUCAUUGGCCAUUAACCAUUACAGUCCACAUUUGAAAAUUUUCUUCUGUACUAAUAUUUAGAUGCUGCUUCCUCGCAGCAAUGAAGACCAAAAUACAAGAAUCGGUUGCAACUGCCUACAAUGCAGUGCAUUUUGUCUUUUUAUGCAUUUGUGGAUGUAAGAUAUUUUUGUAUAAUAAAUGCAGACAAAUCGUUAAUUCUAAAUUAUUAAAUGUGUUCCUCAAAAGUGCCUUCCCAGCUAAAUGUA